AUGCACAGCACCAAACAGGGCCUGGGGCAUCACCGGUGUUUGAGUUGUGUGGGGGGAAUACCAGACCUGCAGUGGUCACCUCUGAGAAGAGAGGGGGACUCAGAGUGUGAAAAGAAAAAAGAUGUGACAGAUAGAACAAAGAUGUGUACAAGAGUUUUUGGAGAUGUUCUGCUUGGGUGUCACAAAGAGGAGCUUGGCCAGCCUGGUGUGGACAGUGAGGCCACCCAGGGACUUCCAGUCCGUGCUCGUUCCUGGCUGCGGGUUCACUCCUCGGGGAGCAGCAGCCCUGAUUCCAGCCUAUGGAGAAGUGUACAUGAGAACAGGAUAAAUAUGGCUUUUAAGGGCGAGGACCACUUAGAUUCCCUUUCCUUCCCAGUUCAGCGCAUGCACCUAAUCCAGGUGGACUCUGUUCAGCGAUGGAUGGAAGACCUGAAGCUGAUGACAGACUGCGAAUGUAUGUGCAUUCUCCAGUCCAAGCCCAUCAGCAUUGAGAAGGAUGAGCAGAAUGAACUCAUCCUCUCCUCACAGCACAGCUCUUGUGAUAACUUGCAGCUCUUGCUGAAGAGAGCUUGGAUCAUCAGCACUGAGCUGACCAGGAUUGCUCAGAAGCUGGAGAAGAACAGGUGGCAGAGAGUCCACAGCAUGACAGUGAGAGUCAACUGCCACGUGCACUCCAUGGUGAACGAGUACAACGCCUUCACCAGGAGCUCUUCAGAGGAAAUGCACCAGCUUGAAAAACUCUUAAUAGACAAGUGUUCAGAAUUUACAGCAUUCACAGAAAGGUGCUUACAGACUGAAGAUGAAGAGAUACUGAAGACCAUGAAAUCUUGUGUUAAUGAAACACUCACGACAGUUGCCCAAUAUUUUGGCCAGCUGAUAGAGUUGGUUUUAACACAAGAGGCACAGAACCUGCUGAGGCAGGUAGAGCUCUCGGGCAGCCUGUACGUCACGGAGUCGGCCAUCAGCAGUUUGUUCAGCCUUGCCCAGGAAGGAGCUCACCUCUGCCGCAUCAUAGCCAAGGAGGGAGGUGUCGUUGCUCUCUUUAAGAUCUGUCGCCAGGAUUGUUUCAGGUGCCUUUAUCCCCAGACCCUGAGAACGCUGGCAUCAAUUUGCUGUGUAGAGGAAGGGAUGCACCAGCUGGAAAAGGUGGAUGGGAUACUGUGCCUGGCUGACAUCCUCACUGACACCAGCCAUUCUGAAGCCACCCAUGCAGAAGCAGCAGCAGUAAUUGCCCAGAUCACAUCUCCACAUCUCACGUUCACUCAGCAUCUCAGCAGCUUUCUGGAAAAUAUGGAAGAAAUCGUGACAGCACUUGUGGUGACGAUAUUGGCAAACAUGUCUGUGUUGGAUCAGUGUGCUUCAGAAAUCAUUCAAGGAAAUGGUGUUCAACUUUUAAUGGAGAUGCUCUUUGAGAAAUCCUCCUCUGGAAAUCCAGCAGAAGCUGCAGCUUGUGAGCGAGUCCAGCAGAAAUCUGCGGUUACCCUGGCACGGCUCAGCCGAGAUCCCGAGGUGGCAGAGGCAGCCGUAAAACUCAGCUGUAUUCCUCGCCUGAUUAAACUUUGCAGAUCACCAACAGAAAGAAAUAACAGCGAUUCUGUUUUAGUGGCAUGUCUGGCAGCCCUGAGGAGACUGGCAGUAAUGAGUCCUGAUGGGCUGGAGGACUCAGAUUUUCAGCAGCUGGUAAAGCCCAGACUCGUGGAUUCUUUUCUGCUGUGCACAAAUAUGGAAGAGAGCUUUGUAUAAAUGGGAGCCAAAAACCUUUGAACAAUAAUGAAGAUGAUAGGUACACAGUAAGAUAACACAUGUACAAUUUUAUUUUGGUUUAGUCCUAUUGUUAUUUAUGACUUAUUUAUUCUAAACCCAUGAACGUGUGAUUUGUCAGAGCAAAGGGACAGAAUAAGAAAACUUGUUACUGUG